AUGCCACCACCGCGUAAAAGAGGAAGAGGCUCUUUUAGGGGUUCUUCUAGAGGUGCUCAUAGAGGAAGGGGCCAUGCUCGUGGAGGGAGAAAUAGCUUCCAGACGUCUCGAGUCGAUGAGAAGAGAGAAAUAGAAUCAUCCGACGACGAAGAGCAAUUCAACGGAUUUGAAGAUGAGGUUUCUGGUGGCGAAGAGCCGAUGCAAGAUGUAGAAAUAGCCAGCGAACCAUCUUCAGAGGAUGAAGAACCUGCGACGGAACGUUCCUAUAAUUCUUUACUUCAGUUACUCAACGCCAAAUCGGAGCCCAGUCAUGCGCGCAAGCGACGGAAGCUCGACCAUCUCGAAAGCAAACAGGACAAACCUAAUCGCGAAGUGGAGAUACAGGAAACAACCAAAGAGCCUGAGGAGCAAGAUGUUCUUGAAAACCAGGAGGCUUCGGAAGAAGAAGAUAAUGUCGAAGUAGACAGGGCUGGCGAGUCGGAUGAUGAAGAUGAGGAAGAUGCAUCGGAUCCGUUUGAAACGCACAUUUCCAGUCCAGAUGAAACCGAGAUAUCGAAGCGAGUAAAGGAGAUAACUGCAGGAAAAUGGCGAUCAAUCAAAUCAUCGCUUCUGGAGACCUUCAGAUUAAUUUAUAACAUUCCAGAUGAAGAGGGCGGCAGCUGGAGUAUUCCUUCUGCCGUAAAAAACACUCGGAGUCUGAAGCUCAAGAAGAGGUUGAUUCCAACGGCCGCAGAGCGCAUACCAAGCUUCCCAGGAAUAUCUCAAAAUAUCGCUUCUCUGGUUUUCAAUUACAGUGACGUUCUCUUCGGUGACAGAAAGGCAUCAAAUGCAGCACAGCUACGAGACCUUUUAAGCCUGCACGCUCUGAACCAUGUACUCAAAACUCGCGACCGAGUCAUCAAGAAUAACGCCCGCCUCUCUCGAGACAUCAACCCAGAUAUAGAACUGCGUGAUCAGGGCUUCACAAGACCAAAGGUCUUGAUCAUCCUUCCGACAAGACAAGCAUGCGUCCGAUUCAUAGACUCUAUCAGCAGACUUUAUCAGCCAGAGCAGCAGGAGAACAGAAAGAGGUUUAUGGAUGAAUACAAUGCCAAAGACAAUGAAUCAUGGGAAAGCAAGCCUGACGAUUUCCGAGACCUUUUCGGCGGAAAUGACGAUGAUAUGUUUCGGAUUGGGUUGAAAUUCACAAGGAAGACGAUCAAGUAUUAUUCGCAAUUCUACAAUUCAGACAUCAUUCUGGCAAGUACUUUAGGUUUGCGAACGAUCAUGGAUAAAGAAGACGAGAAGAAACGGGACCAUGAUUUCCUCUCGUCAAUCGAAAUCGCCAUCGUCGAUCAUGCGGAUGGUCUACUUAUGCAGAACUGGGAACACGUUGAAUACAUCUUUGAGCAUCUCAACCUACAACCAAAGGAGGCUCACGGAUGUGACUUUAGUCGUGUCCGGACAUGGUAUCUAGAUGAUCGCGCACGAUAUAUCCGACAAACCAUUGUAACAACGUCAUUCCUCACUCCCGAAAUGAACUCUCUAUUUUCGCAACACAUGCAAAACGUCGCCGGAAAAGCCAAGAUACUUCCACAAUACAACGGAGCAAUCACCGAAGUAGCUCUUCCUAUCACAGUGAAGCAAACAUUCUCUCGCUUCGAUUCCACCUUUGCUCUCAAAGAACCCGACUUGCGCUUCAAAUAUUUUACUACCGCUAUUUUGCCAGCUCUUGCGAGAUCAGUGACCGGCAAGGGAGAAGGUAAUGGAGCGGGAACAUUGAUUUUUAUACCAUCGUACCUCGACUUUGUGCGAGUGCGCAAUUUCUUCUCUACGUCUUCGCGAGCAACGAACAUAUCUUUUGGCGCUAUUUCCGAAUACACGGAACAAAGCGAGAUGAGCCGAUCACGCAGUCAUUUCAUGAGCGGAAGACUUUCAGUACUGCUGUAUACAGAGCGAGCGCAUCAUUUCCGACGGUACAAUAUCCGGGGUGUUAAACAUGUCAUCUUCUACGGUCUUCCUGAGAAUCCGAUUUUCUUCAGGGAGGUUGUCCAGUAUCUGGGUCUGGAUCCUGGCGCUCUCGCUGGCAGUGCUGGUGCGGAGACUCUUGAUGUGCGAGCGGUGUUUUCCAAGUAUGAUGCAUUCAAGCUGGAGCGCAUCGUGGGCACUCAGCGGGCAGCGAACAUGCUCAAGGAGAAGGGAGGCGAUACUUUUCGAUUUGUAUAG